AUAGGUAUUCAAGAACAGGAUGCUGGAUGCCUCAAAUAUUUGAUACUAUUGUACAAGUGAGAAUAUACAUACACAUUACAAUGUUGAACUACAUGACUCCUUCGCAUAUUGGUCGUAUCCGGUAUCUAGAGUACCAAAAGCCAUCACGACAGCAGCUCAAGCAGGUUACGAUGGUGUGCACGAACAAGACGGCAACAAUUGGGCUUGGGGCUAUUAUCAGUCGGUGUGGUGUGCCCGUUUCGUCCCCCAGCUUGGCUUGGGUCGAAGUUGUGUAUCUCUGUGUCUUGCGUUUUAUUCCUCCCGGGUCAUUCAGCCCCUAUCUUACAGCAUGCUGUUUCAUAAGACGUCUGGUAUGCCGCCAGUUAACACGACAGCCUCGUUACCGGAGCAAGAAUAGAUUGUCCGUGAGGGCUGUUGCUACCGACCCGCGCCGUCGGGUGGUAUGGACGCAGUCACAUCUCGGACCGUCUGCUCUCGUUUGUACUCUUCUUCAAGAGCGCGCUGCAUGUCAAAGUCGAGUUGGCGCUCUCGUUUGAUGCGCUGCUGUUCAAUAUCGCGAACAACUCCUUGGUGCAUGGCCUCUUUCUCGAAUUUUUGUUGGAAAUGCACGACGACGAUGGUGCUGGCAGCAAAGAGCGACGUCGCCGCAAGGGUGAGUUUCGAGGCCCGGGACAUGAUAGUCAACAGGCAGUGUCCUUAUUUUUAGUCUUCAGAGCCGACGACGGUUCAGUCGUUACGCGGUUCGAGGGCGACAGCCUUGACAUCCGUGGUCGAAGUAGUCUUAUAUCGGGGGUUGAACCUCGUUUCCAAGGGGGAUCUGCCCGCCGGGUUAGUUCUAAGGCUACAAGGUGUUAAGAACGGAAGUCCACAAGUAUCAAACAGGUAGAAAUUAUCGUUGGUGGCUCUGGGACGGUUAGCUGCAUAUGUAUGCAUUG